CAUACGCGGCCGCCCGCGACGAUGGCGGAGCAUCAGCAGAGCGCAGGGAGACGUGAGGAUCCGUGACCCCUUCCCCACGCACAUCGCCUCCCUCCCGGUCUUUCUCCUCGUCCUCGCAGGUUGGCAAGCGUUUGUAACGUGCCAAACGCUACCAACCCAGCGCGCCACGACGGGCCGGCGCAGUUCGUGAGCGGUGACGGCGUGGGGGCAGAGCGCCGGCGCCGGCGCUCCCGCUACUGCUGCUGUAGCGCCGGCAGCGGAGGUGGUGGGAGCAGCGGUCGCUGCUGCUGCUGCGGCGGUGGCGCCGGCGUCUGCGAUGAUGUUUCGCGACCAGGUCGGCGUCCUGGCGACCUGGUUCAAGGGCUGGAACGAGUGCGAGCAAACCGUGGCGCUGCUGUCGCUGCUCAAGCACGUGAGCCGCACGCAGGCGCGCUUCCUGCAGCUCUGCCUGGAGCACUCGCUCGCCGAGUGCGCCGAGAUCCACGCCCUGGAGCGCGAGGCCAACGAUCCGGCCUGCGUAAGCCAGUGGUGGCAGGAGCCCAAGGAGAAGGCGCUGGCGCUGCUGCUGACCCACUUCCCGCUGCUCAAGCCGCGCAACGCCGAGGCGAAGGCCGAGUACAUGAAGCUGCUGCCGGGGGUGCUGGCGCACGCCAUCGAGAGCGGCCACCGCGUCGAGGAGAGCCGCCAGCUGCUUUCGUUCGCGCUCAUCCACCCGGCCGUCUCGCUCGAGGACCGGGGCUCGCUCGCCGGCUGGUUCUCGCACCUCGAGGAGCGGGUGGCCGUGCCGGGGCCCGCGACGUCGUACAGCGGCGGGAGCGGUGGCGGUGGCGGCGGUGGGAGUGGACACGAUCAUCCCGCGCAGUCGACGGCAUCAAGCUUCACCUUCGAGCCGCACCACCAGAGGCAAAGCUCUGGUGGCAGCAAACUCAACGGGUGGCAGCAGCAGCCGCAGCAGCAGCAGAGAGAGUUCGGCGGCGGCUGGCAGGACCACGGCGGGCUCGGUGAGAACGGGCAUCACCAGGCUGCGCCGGGAACCAACUCCCCAUCUUACAACAGCCUGGGCAUCAACACCACCAACCCUGCUCUGUCGGGACAGACCCAGCACGGCUCCCUGAAGCGCUCCGUGUCGCUCACCCCGCCCAUUUCCCUGUCCACCGUGGGCCUCUCCAACGAGUGGCUCUCCCACGAAGACCUCCGGCCUCCGCGCUCGACUGGCAGCGGCAUCUCUCCCUCCUCCACCAUCUCGUCCUCCUCCACGCAGCAGCACUACGUCUCCUCCGACCACCACUCCCUGCCGCACCACCACCAUCACCACCACCACCACCACCACCAUGGGCCUCCGCCGCCUCCGCCUCCUCCUCCUCCUCUGCCGCUGCCGCACGGCCACGGCCACCACCACCACGCGCCGCUCUCCCCGCAGAGCAGCGUGGCGUCGUCGGGCAGCGGAGGUAGCGAGCACCCGGAGGAUCUGAUCCUCCUGCCGGGGGCAUCGAACAGGAAUACGUUCCACGAGGAGGGCACGGGCAUGAGGGAUGUUCCCGCCUGGCUCAAGAGCCUGAGGCUGCACAAGUACGCGAGCCUCUUCUCUCAGCUCAACUACGACGAGAUGAUGGCCUUGUCCGAACAGCAACUCGAGUGCCAGAACGUGACAAAAGGAGCACGGCACAAGAUCGUUCUCAGCAUACAGAAGCUCAAGGACCGGCAGAACACACUGCGGGCGCUGGAGAGGGAGGUUCUGGAGACUGGAAACCUACGCAACGCGCUGUCGGAGCUGCACCAGACGAUCGUCACGCCGAUCCAGCCGUUCAGGCCACACCGCGCCGACCAGGGGCCCGGCACGGCCGGUGGCCUCCUUUCCGUGGAACCGCCUGGCGACGGCAAAGAGGUCCACCAGACGCCCGGGGGGGAGGUGGAGUCGGUGGCGGCCCUGAUCGCCGAGGGGGACAUCCCGGGACAGUUCACACGUGUGCUCGGGAAAGCUUGCACGCAGCUGCUCGUGUCUCGGCCCGACGAGGAGAACGUGAGCUCCUACCUGCAGCUCCUGGACAAGUGUCUCACCCACGCGGCCUUCACCGAGACCCAGAAGAAGAGGAUUCUCUCCUGGAAGCAGCAGGUGCAGAAGCUCUUCAGAGCCUUUUCCCGGAAGCCCAUCAUGGAGAUGCAAGCCUUCCGGCAGCAGGGACGCGGGUGGGGAGUAUUUGGGCAGCCCCUGCCCCUUCCUCCUGGUGCCUUGGCCAGUGGCCUGAGUCUGCCCUGGAGGCCACAGCGCCCCUUCCCGCUGGGUGCCCGGGGCCUUCCCGCAGCGCCACAAGGGACCCGACUGGGGCUGUUGGGUCCGACGCAGAGAGGUGUGGCCGGCACCAUGCUGGGAACCUCGGCCGUGCUGAGCAAAGGACGUCAGAACAUCUGGUUCGGUGCCGGCGGCGGCAGUAACAGCAUGCCGAGCCGCACCCACAGCUCCGUGCAGAGGACGCGAUCGCUGCCCGUGCACACCUCCCCACAGGCCAUGCUGCUCUUCCAGCAGCCAGGUGAGAUGGAGUUCCCGGUUCCCGUGACGGAGCCCGAGAUCAACAACCGGCUCGAGUCGCUGUGCCUGCGCAUGACGGAGCACGCUCUCGGAGAUGGAGUGGACCGGACCUCGACGAUUUGAGAUCUCCGAUUUUUGUUGCCGAGUUUUUACCGAGAGGGACGGGGGCCGCCACCGCUCCCCCCCCCCCCCCCCCCCCUUUCCAGACCCCAUCUCACUCAAACUUUCAUGGCUCAGCCAGCUUGGAAAAAUCAAACUUCUCUCAGAAAGGACACUAAUGGGAUCUUGUGUAAGCUAUGGUGGCGGCUAAUGGGCCUUGAGUGGUUUGUUUGGUUUUGUUAAAGUUCUAGAAUUAAUAUUUUGACUUUUAUUCGGUUACGGCUGCACGUCCGUUUUUUUUCUUAUUCAAAUCGCCAGUUGUGGCUUAAGACACACCGGGGGUGUGGGCAAGGAUGGUGCUGUUUGAGCCACGACUGGCGACGACGACUAUGAUGGCGCGCGUGCAGUAAUGCCCGAAUGACGUUGAAAUUUGUAACCGUCGCUGCGGGGGCAACUGCCGCGAGUAGUUUUUAACGUUUUAACCUCUUAUCGGGUUCGUUCUGUUCUUAUCAAGAUAAAUGAACGCGCUCCACCAUUCGGUCCACGUAAUGCUCUUCUUCAGGUCUGUGUGUUAAAAUUUCGUUGGUUCUCGGUAACGUUGCCAAUUUUACCAUCUUUUUUAAAUUUUUAAUUGACUCGCUCUCUCGGUGGCGGGGCGCGAGUGGAUUCGUGCAGAGGUUGACCGCCCCCCGUGUCGCUACAUUCCACGCCGCUCCAGACGACCCGUCCUCGCUUCCUCCGCGUGGGGAGUUUCCCCUUCCGACGUUGCGGGGAUCGCGCUCUUCAACUCCCACAGUGCUCGCGAAACGCAGUCGCCACCUCCUCUGUGCUGUUUUGCGUUUCAAACACUAAAUAUUAUUAUUUUGUUUCAAUAUAAUGUUGCUUUUCCUUCCCCUUUGGCUUGGAGCUCACGUUUUGAAAUAUCACGGAAUAUUUAACGGUCACUUUACCCUCCAUUGAGUGCACAGCGGUGGAUUUCUCUCACGGGGUGUUAUUUUUCUCUGUGGUGGUGGCGUUUUUUUAACGUUUGCGUUUCUCUGCACGUUUGGGUGCAUUUGUUGUGAAUGGUUUUUUUUUACUUCGCACACCCCCCCCCGCACCUCACAUUUUUUUGUUUGGUGAAAACAGCACAAAAGGAAUCGGCAACUUUAUAUUUUUACGUUCGACAUUGAGCACAAAUGGCACAUGGGACGGGCAAAGUUGUCCGUGAGACUGGCAGGCCUACAGCAAUACCUCCCUCGUCUUUUCCACUGGCACAUGUGUGCCGUGCUGGGGUUGGGACCAGCCCCAGGUGCCAGUGGCAACGGGGAGUUAUUACUAGCCCCACCAAGCCCCCCCACCUUGCUCUCUAUCCGAUGAAUGAUUCAUUUGCCGGGUAAAAUUGACAGGGGCAGCUGUAUUUUGGUGGCCGUCUUUAACCAUCCAAAACGUGGAGAAGGUUGCCAAAUCUCUCCCCAAUGCAAACCGGAAUCGGAGAUUGGCCUAGUUUUAUUAAAUCUUCUCAGAUUUUUUAGGCACGACUUGACAAAAGGUCGGAAACUCAAAUCUAUGUAACGAGCGUCAGCGCGACCGCUACCUGCAGCUCGUGCGUGUGUGUGUGUGUAUAUACACACACGCACCGUGGUGCCGUGGUGCCCGGUUCGGGUGUUGUCCGCUUGAUGCGCGACGCCGCUUGACCUUGGAGGCGAUGGGAGGGGUUAAAGCGAGCGACCGGUGACCUCGGCGCUCCAAAAUAUUUUUCUACCGAAACCAAAUAUGGCUGUACAGGCUUGCGGGGACGUCCAUCGUUUAAAAUGUUGUGUAAAGAUAUUUAAAAGUUAUCGCUUUUUUGUUUGUUUUUAAAUAGUUUUAUUUCUUGUCAUUAAGUUGUUGGCGAGCUUGUUUUGCGUUUUUUAAGGAUGGCCCGGGGAGAUGCCGGGGAUCUGUGCUGGCCGGAGUGUUUGGCUCUCCUCCUCUUCCUUCUUGUCUUGUAAAAUCAAGUGGGGUUUUCCAAAAGGGGGGGGGGGGUAGAGGAUGGUGGGGAGUGGGGGGCGGUCGCAGCAGAUGGAGAGAAACCCCUGUAGGGUGGUGGGGAGGGAGGGGAGCCUCGUGUGAUCCGCGCUGGCGAUUGUCGUUGUGUGGGUGCUUAAGGGAAAGUUUAAGGAAAUCUCAAGAGGAGGCUGUGUUUUGAAGAAGCGAGGGAUUAAGUCGUUGAACGGGGUUCUCGGUGCGUGUGGGAUCUUCAGGACGUGUUUUUACGUUUUUGCCGUUGUGAGUUUUAAGAACGGAGGGUCCAGGAUAGCGUCGGGGUUUAUUUAGACGUCCACUCUGUUUUUUUUGGUGGAGGAGGGGGAGAGGGGGGAGUGAGUUUAUCGUCAUCCCCCUCUCCCGCACGUUUUUAAAAUUAGAUUUAUUUUUUUAAACCCGAAAUUCGCUCCCAUUUAAUCCAAGCAAAGCCAUUUUGAUAUCCGAUCGAAUGACGUUCACGAAUAACCUCCUCCUCCCUGUCUCCGAUUUUUUUUUCCCCGCUUGAAACUUGGGAGAUGGCCAUAAUGAAGUGUUUGUUUUCAUUGCGAUGGUGGCGGUGUCACUUUGGAGAGCGAUUGGCGUAGUGGCGUUGAGGGGUUGUCCUUGUGGUGUGGUUGGCUGAUGGGGGUGUUUGGGCAUGUCGUCGUCGGAGUUGGCCGUGUUGCGGUAGGUUAAUUCUGUUGGCGUUUGGUGUUGGAACGAGAUCGGCACGUCGCCAUGAGGCGCUGUGAAUUUGUACAAAGAUGGCAAAUGAUUAUUUACGUUUAUUUUAAAACUUGCGCAAACAGCAGUUUUUUUUUUUAUUCUCUUGGCCAGCUGUGCUGUUCACUUUUGAAAAAUGCAGUGUUGGAUAACAAAAAAAAAAAUUUUUAAUUUUUUUAUUCUUUAUUUUUUAAACGAUGGCAUGGGAUUCCAAAACCGCACUUCGUGUUUCCUGGCAGAUGUAUUACGUUGGGGAAUGUGGGUUUUUAUCUAGUUUUAGGAUGCGCACGUUUCAAAAAUGCUAAAUCGGGCAUGGUAUUAUUGGGUGGGGGGGUGGGAGGGGGGAGGAAGUGCGUGCGUGGCGUGCCAGGACCUAAGCCAACAAAGUUUGAGCAACUGCACACGCACAACAACCUCCCCGCACCGUGGCAGUUGUUUGUUCCCCCCUCCGUGCGGGCGGAAGAUGCGACCGGCGUGCUGCUGGCACCGACAUUUGACGGAUUGACAGCGGCCAAACUGGACCGUGAGCGCGCGGUGCCCAGCGUGGCUGAGUUUUUAUCCACUAACAUCUUGGCAGACUGGGAUAAACUCCCGCCUCCUGCAUCAACACCGGUACGCAAAUCUUCCCGCACGGGAGAGCCCCCCCCACCUCCUCCCACCGGCAGUCGGGAAGACCAAAGUGCGUGAACUUGUCCCAUCUCUCCCGUACACUUUGACGCUAAGCUUACUACUUUUUUUUUUAGACUAAUUUUGUACGAACUAAGUUUUUUUUUGGUCAUUUGCUUAAACCAUAUAUAUAAAUAUAUAUUUCCCCUUGACCCCAAUUUUAGAUUUUUAUGUUCAUAUUUAUUGCAUUGUAAACACCCCCCCCCCCCCCCCGCGCCUUCCUGUUUUUUUCGGGCAGAUUUUCGUCGUCGAAUUUUUUCCAUUAAUAUUAUUUUCCUCUUUCUCCUGGACGACGCAGAACAAUGGUAAAUGGCUGGCAACCAUUUGUAGUAGUUUUUGUUUUCUCCCCCGUUAACAAAUUUUUUUACGUACGCAAGAAAUAAAUGCAGAAAAAUGUAAGAAAAUAUAAAAAAUCGUAUUUUCAUAGGAAGAAGCAUAAAAAGGAAUGAUACAAUAUAAAGUUUGUUACCCACGCGAAAGAUCGGUCGUGCGUGUCGGUGCGUUUGUACUGCGGAUGCAACGUGUUGGGUUUAUUUUUAUUUUUGCAAAGCGCUGCCCCACUCUACGCCCGGUGGUUUUGUGUCCGUCGACGUUCUUACACUAAAAGCGAUGGUGGAUGGCGUUAAAAGUAUAUACAAAUAACCAAUUGUUUUAACGUCAAGAGAUUUAAACAAAAAAUAUAUUUAAAAAAAUUACUUGAGCCACGGGGCAACUUUUCUUUUGUACGACUCCAAAAUGCAUCGGCCGAUGCUCGGCCAAAGUUGUGUUCCUGCACUCCUCCUUCUCACGCGCGUCGCAUACGAUGGAACAUUUUCAGACUUCACGUUCGUUUUUUUGUUUCUAAAAAGCUUGCAAGGACAAUGGAUGUACCGUGUUGAGUGCGUGUAGAAGAGUCCUCUCCUAUAUGAACGAUACGUGCGUGUGUGUGUGUCGUAACUCGUAUUGUUAAUAUUACAUUGGGCUGCCCUUGUCUUAUGCCGUGCAGGAUUUGCAGCAAGCGGCUUGUUUGUCCAGUGGGGCCGAGCGGAUGGGGGCAAUGUGCCUGGGGAUGCCCUCACUGGCCCAGAGGAUGAUCGAUCGAUCCCUCCUAGAAGCCUUACUGACGUUUGCUGUGAAGUUUGGUUUUCACCUAAAGGGCUUUUAACUCUCUUAUAAUGCUGCACUUAAUUUUUCACUUAUAUAAUUCUCUUCUCAGUUGUAGUUCUACGUUAUCAUUUAUUGUUACUAUUAUAUAACAAAAGCGCAAGCCAACAUGUAAACGUUUCUCGGUAACGCCGUGGCGACGAAAGUUAAACGUCAAAUAGUGGUGGCCGUUUUGUGGAAUGGUCCUAAUUCAUAGCACGUGUAAACUAAUCCACAACUUGUUAACUUAAAGGCCUCCCCACGGUGUUAUUGACGGACGAGUUGUGUUCGUACACCACUGCCAACGCAGCAGUCUCACCAAAUACUUUGUUUAGUUAUUACUACUACCACCAUUGCUAUUGUUUAACCUUUACAACAACAAAGAGACUCCAAUUCUUUCAGACACUUUCACAGCCGGUUUGUCGGGACGUUUUGUUUUGGAUAUUUCGUUUAUUUUUGUUUAACACCCCCCUUUUCUAAUCGCACGUCUGUGCACCCAGGACCAAAAUGGGCUUUUAACUCUCCCCUAUACGGGGGGGGGGGGGGUGUUGUGUGUUGGGAGCAGCGCUCCCUGGCUCCGCCGCCCCCCCCCCCCCCGCUCUGCGCACAGUCUUGCCCGCCACGUCUGCCCGUCCACGGUGCUUUCACAAUCGGCUUGAGAGAGCCAAGGGUCCUGCCACCGCCGCCGUGCCAGGCGUUGGCCAGGUGCCCGAGUCGCAGCAGUUUACCUCCUAAUGUCGGAAUCGCGUCGCCCAACCCACUGGCUAUUUCUCUAAAUCCAGCACCCCCCCCCCCUCUCCCACUUCGUCACCACUCCACCAUCCAUCGAGAAGCCAUACCCACAAACUAAAUAUCGCUCCUCGAGCGUGGGGCAAACACGUGGUUUUAUUUUAAUUGUAAAGAUUUUAGGGAGUGGAGGUGCGCGCACAGGAUGGGUGGGACGGUGGGAUUGCUCGCAAGAGCGCAUGUACGUCUGGUUUAUUCUUCUUAGUUCCGUUGAGUUUCUUUUCCCGGCUCCUCCCCUCUUUUUUUGUGUAUCGCGACGAUCUCAAAAUUCAAGUGACGGGAGGAAUUUCUCCCACGUACGUCCCUGUGUUGACUCGACAGCGGUGAUCUGCGGUGCUGUCAACAUGCACGGCGGUGGUUUACGUUGGGGUUUCUUGUUGGUUUAUUGGGGGGGGGGAGGGGUGGAGGCGAGUUUGUGUGGUAUUUGACGAACUAUUGACAAGCUGGCAAAUAUAAAAUUGUUGUAAAGCCUCCGAUUUUUUUUUUUUAUAUGCGUACUUUCUCACCCAGAUGUUUCCGAUUUUAUUUCCCAGAGGCGCGUGAAAGCAAACGGAGGCUGGUUUAAGUCAAUUAUAGCUUAUUAUUUAAAAUUAUUCUGCACAUCUCAUCGCCGAUUCUAGUUACCCACUGGUGUACCGCGCCUCCUUUUACGCUUGACACGUCCAGAGCCCUCCCUUCACGAUGUGGUUGAAUUUUUUUAAAAGGAUUUUUGCAGCAUGCUUUUUUUUAUAGAAAAGUUUUCAUAAAAAUACUAAAAAAAUUAAACUUGCGCAAUUUGGGGUUUUCAAUGAGAAAAUGUGGGGGGGGGGGGGUGUUGGUACCACAGCCGAUUGCAUCAUCGGCCGCAAAAAUACAUUUUAACAAAAGGCCUAACUUUUGGCCCGUCGCACCGUUUUUUAAAUAAAAUGUUAUUCUUAAAAAGCUCAAACCACAGGGUUUUGCCGACCGAUGAUAUAUAUAUAAAAACAAAAAAUAUGCAGUUCUGCACAUUUUUCGAAUAAAUCUUUACAGCAUGUUAUUCUUGUUUAAGUGUUUACCUUUUGGCUAUUGUUUUAAACGUGUAACACGGUAUUUGUUACCGAGAGAAUGAAUGGAGAGCGGGACAUGUUGGAGAUGCCGAAUAAAAACCUUGUAUAACC